AUGGGGGUCUUUGGAUGUGUAGUGUUUCAGAACACUGGCACUCCUUCGUCGGCGAACGAUGCCGGGAAUCCCUUGAACACACGCAAGAUAACACACUCAGAAAAUGGUGUACAGCGCAGUAUUGCCGCCCUGCAUACCACCUGGAAAGAUGGACGAUGCUUCACGAAGUACACUGCCUUUCUGGUGAACGGAGAACAACCCGUAAGCAAUGCCAUGCUAGACCAGUGGGCAAAUGAAACGGAAUGGUUUAUUAAGGAUAUGAAACAUCUGUUAAAUCUAGAACAUCACAGAUUUUGGUCUACAAUCGUUUACAACACCACCACGCUGGAAAGUAUUUUGUCGUUCAUGCAGAAUGCUUUACCAUUCUACCUUGUGCCGGUAAUGAGAGCGAUGGAAAAUGACCAUAUCUUGCCACUCUACACCGCUGCCCAUGCGUACGUCUUCAAAGUAAUUGUGCGGCUAACGACCCUGCGGGAAAGCGAAACCUGCUGGAUGGAGCCAGAGUUUUAUGGCAAGCUUGUGUAUAAAAAUUUCAUCAUCACCGUACCACUGCUGUUUGAUUUGAUAUCGAUCUACAGCCGUGAUAAUAUGGAGCACGUUUCGCGCAUAAUUGAAACCAUCUUAAAGCUUCAGCCGAAGUACAUUCAGGAUCUAAGGCAGGGUUUAAGCUACCUGUUGAGUGCAUUCACAAUCAUUCAAACGCGCUGCGAAUCGGAACUAUCGGAAGCGAACGCGUCCGAAUCUACGCUGAACGAUCUGACAUUGUACGCGCAGGAUUGUAGCAGCGUGCUGGUGCAGCUGGUUGCAAUCUCCGCCACGCUGCGUCAGAUAUGUUCCGAACUGAAUGUAGAGUUUGCGAUUAGCAACUUUUACGACAAUGUGCUUAUCGUGCUGUACCGUAACAUUCAGGAGGUAAACAAGCAUUCGCAGUAUUUAACCUAUCUGAACGAUAUGCGUGUGGAGCUGCUGGAAACGUUUCGGUCAAUAUUGAGCGUUCAGCUGGAGAAAAUAAUGGAGAGUGCAGACGAUAGUUUGCUAGCGGCGGACAAGUUUAUCAGCAUCCUUACCGAGUGUCUGGCAAACAACGUUUUCGUUAACGAUUAUAAAACUCUGUUCGAUAUCGAGGACGAUUUGGCAAUCGUGCAGCUAGGGUACAAAUCGGUCGAUCAGGUAAAGUAUGACUUCAUACAGAAAGCUUACGCGAAGGAUAGUGAACCGCAGGCGGAGAGCAGUCGUACCAACUCGAGUGCAAACGCAGAGCAGGAAAUUGAUCAGGAGAUGAGCGUGGUGACUGCGGAACAGUCGGAGAUGGAGCAAAAAAUCGAACAGAAUGUGCAGUACAUCAAGGAACUAUUGCCACAUCUAGAGGCAGCACAGAUACGCAAAGUCCUCUGCACGCACGAUAACGUUGAGGAAGCGGUUAGCGUACUGCUCGAGCAGGACAGUUCCAGUUCGGCGCACCAGUCAGGCACCGAUGUGCCGCAUAUUCCACCCGAUCCGCUGGAUGAGUUCUAUCUGCGCACCGGUAUCGAUCGGUUAAACAUUUACGAUGGUGAUGAGUUUGACGUAAUGGUAAACGACAAGGUAAAAGGUAUCAUCAAAAAGGGCAAGGGUAUGCCAGGCCAGCCCAAAACACUCACCGCACUGUUGGACGACAAAAGCCACAUACAGCAGGCGCGUCACAUCUACCGGCAGUUUGAUCUGGUCGCGGAAAAUGAUUUAGAUGACGACGAGUACGACGAUUCGUUCGAAGCCAUGACGGAAAGCGAAUCGCGCCACGUGAAACUGUCCAAGGAUGCACGGAACGCUAUCGCCGAUCAGGAGCUGGCCAACGAGAGCGAUAGCGAGAACAACGAAAGCGAGGAGGAGCAAGAAGCGAAUCAAAAUCAAUCACUUGCUUUCUGCGAAAAUCCUGAGCUGGCGCGCAAACGGUACGAGGAGAAAUUAAAUAGCAAGUACCUUCGGAGACACGGUGGACCAGCGGCCUCCGGGCCGCGGGAAGCCGAUGUACGAGGCAAUCCGAAGGGCCAAGGGCAGGAUAGUAAGGUACUGUUGAAUCGAAGACACAAGAAUGAGAAUAAGGCGUUGAGUGGUAAUCACAAUCGUAAGCAGGGGGCUAGCUAUAAACGGAAUCGUGGCAUGAUGCCUUCCUAGACUUC